UUAGCUGGCCGUGAUCCACCGAAACUUCCAGUUCUACUUUUCAUCCAUGGUGAAUCAUAUGAGUGGAAUGCUGGUAACCCAUAUGAUGGUACCAUUCUUUCGAGCUUAGGGAACGUUGUAGUAGUUACAAUUAAUUUCAGAUUGGGCAUUCUCGGAUUUUUGCCAGCAACUGAAGGAUCUGCGAAAGGAAAUUACGGUCUCAUGGAUCAAGUUGCAGCUUUACACUGGGUUCAAGGAAAUAUAGUUGGCUUCGGUGGCGAUCCAAAAAAUGUUACUGUUCUUGGACAGGGUCAUGGAGCUGCAUUUGUAAAUUUGCUCAUGAUAUCACCAAUGGCCCGAGGACUGUUCCAGCGAGCAAUAAUGCAGAGUGGCUCAGCUUUAAGCCCUUGGGCAAUAGCUCAUGAUGCUUUGACCUACGGUCGUCAGGUAACCGAAACCCUAAAUUGUCCUACGGAAGAAACACUCCCAAUGCUUGAUUGCAUGCGGCAAAGACCAUUAGCGGAUAUCAUGCGAGUGCAGCUUAUGGUUCCGGAACAUCUCUCUGCUUUUGGACCAACAGUAGACGGAAUCGUAAUUCCAGUAGAUCCUUUAACGCCCAUGAAAGAAAUAGAAAGCACUUUUGGCCAAUAUGAUUUACUUUUUGGAGUUACAAGGACAGAGAAUUUCCAUCAUUUUUCUUCCGAUGAAGAAAAGCGUGGAAUUGAUGCUGAUAGACGUGAUAGACUGUUGAGAACUUUAGUGAGAAAUCUUUUUAAUUACCACAUGCAAGAAAUAUUCUUAACUAUAGUGAAUGAGUAUACAGAUUGGAAUCGCCCAGCUCAGCAUCCUAUUAGCAUUUUAGAUGCUACACUGGAAGCGUUAGGAGAUGGUAUUACUGUGGCUCCACUGAUAAGAACAGGGAAUUACCAUUCAAAAACAAAAGCAAAGACGUAUUUUUACGUCUUUGGCUAUCAAACAGAAAAUGGAGACUAUCCUCAAAGACACGGCUGUAUACACGGAGAAGAAUUAGCGUAUUUAUUUGGAGCUCCGAUUGUUGGAAACUUAUCUCAUUUUUCUAAAAACUUUACAAAAGCUGAAGUAGCUCUGUCAGAAGCUGUAAUGUCCUACUGGAUUAACUUUGCAAAAUCAGGGGAUCCUAAUGUGACACCUCAUCAAGAGCUUGAAAGCUUAGCUUCCGACAGAUCUCGAGGGAGAUUUGAGAAAUUCAAAUGGGAGCAAUAUGAUACAGUUCACCAAAAAUACUUAUCUAUAGGAAUGAAGCCAAAAAUCAGAGACCAUUACAGAGCUCAUCGUCUUUCUUUCUGGUUGAAUCUCAUUCCUCAACUUCACCGUCCUGGCACUACAUCAAUUAUUCCACAACAUCACUUAUUAGAUGACCAUAACAAUCCACUUACUUACGAUGGUUAUGUUAGACCCUUAACUGACACCGAUGGAGUUACAGUAACGUUAUCAGGACCUUUUAUGGGUGGUGUUCAAUUCCCUACAUCCACUGAAAAGCCUUCACUAAAAAAUUUAAGUGUGUUUAGUACUGUAGCCUAUCAAACAACGGAUUCAUCUAUGAGAACAGUUAAAACUCUGAAUGCUGGCGAAACUACGAAUAACUUCACAGAUCAUCAUUCGGAAUUCAUUCCAGAUUCUUCCUAUUCUACGGCUUUAAGUGUGACUAUAGCUGUGGGCACGUCUCUCUUGGUUCUUAACAUCCUCAUUUUCGCAGGUGUUUACUAUCAACGUGAUAAAAAUAGAAUGGAAAUGAAGAUGGCUAAAAGAAAUUUUAAGGAGAGCAAUGUUUAUGGAACAGAUGGAGAAGAGCCUGGAGAUGAAGAAUCUUUUCAUCAUCAAACUCAUGGUGACUCGGACAAAGACACUAUAGACAGAGAUAAAUACAACCUUUGGGAAUUCGAGGUUCGACGACCUGAACAUGAUGCUAUUGUUAUGUCAUCUCAAAGCAAACAAACCUCAGCCAGUGCAUCGUCACCAAUGGCAAUUUGUCCUCCAACUCUUCCUCCGGAUUAUAUUCAUCACCAUCAUCAGAUUCUCCAUGCUCCCCAACAAGGUGUCCGCAUGCUUCCCCCAAAAGUACCCCCUAAACCAGUUAUGGUACCAACAGUUGCAUCCGAAAACUCGCUUCCUGAAGCUCAACCCCUGUUGCCCCACUGCGGAAUUCAAAAUCCCAAUGCUGCCCCCUCACAAAUUCAAGAAAUGCCAGUUUGAAAUGCAAACUUGAAGAAAAUAUUGGAAAGAUAAUUGAAGUGAAUUGUUCUGUGCUGUACUUCAUGUACUGUACUUUAAACCUCAGAAAAAGACUGUCCUCAAAGUUGGCGAUGAUAUUCACAUUCUUUGAUAUGAUAUAUUUCAAAGAUAUAUGAACAAGUUUUCACUUAUGCGAACAAAAGUGUGGUGAAAUAUUUGAUGGAUCAAAUAUACUCAAUGUUCAAUGGCGUGCUUUCAAGACAAUUUUCCAGAUAUGGAUUGAUAUUUAGUUCUUACCAGUGAUAUUCUCAAUGUAGAUGUGUUUUCUAUAUUGAAAUCAAUGGUGUUUUUUGUUUUCCUUUCGGGGGUGGAAAUACUAUGGCGCCUCCUAAAAAUAAACAAAGAAAUAAUGUGGCCCAAACUAUAAAAUAACUAAAUCAAACUAUUUUUUUUUCUUUUCUUUGACUCCUGCAUUUGAUAGAUGGUCAUAAAUUGCCCUGCUCAAAGAGUUUAACGAGCACUCACUCUCUUAAGUAUAUAAGAUAACAUAAUCCCCUCUUUGUUGCAACAUUAUUGACAAAACUCUAUGUGUCAAACUAAGUAUGGUAUUUUUGAAGAUCACGAUCAAAGUUUCUCGAAAUGAUGCCAUCUGUCCUGAAAAUAACUUUGUUAAAACCGCGAAAAAAAUAAAUUACGUGGAUUUUUUACGACAUUAAAAUUUUUAUUCAAAAAAUAAAUUUAUAAAUUGCAUUUUUUAUUCGAACGAAAAUUAAAUAUAUUGAUAGGGUUAGAAGUAUCUACAAAGUUGAGAAAACCAGUAUUUAUGAUGGUUUUUUGGGAAUAAACUUAACUCUUUCCCUACACUUUUUUUUCACUUUGUGCGCAUUAUUAUAUUCUAUUUCAUGAAAAAUUAUUAAUCUACGCUUCUGAUGAUUCUCAGGACAUUUCCUGUAAGAAUUGUUCUGAGUCAAUUAAAAAUUUAAAUAUUUAAUUGAUCGAAGUGAAACUAUGAUAUUCACUUGAGGAAGACUUAUAAUGUUUGAUUUAUAACGAUUGUGCACUGUUAUUCGUAACUUUCAUAAUUCAUACUUCAUACUUUUGAAAAAAAUAUCUGCAUAAUUUAAAGGGGUUACUCUUUUAGAAAAUAAUAUUAAAAUACUAAUUUUUGAAAGCAUGUAGGCAGGCGCAUCUCUUUUAGGAAAGCCAAUAUUAUAACAAAUAUUUAUUUAUUAACUUACAAAGAUGAUAAUUGUGCCGACCGGCCUAUGUAGGGGAUAGGGAACUGCCCUUGCACCAGAAUGGUUCUGGGUUCGAAUCCCGGGCAAGGCAUGGAUGUUCCUUCCUUCUCUGUACUAUCUGUCCUUACUGUGGGAGCAACGUUGGCCCACCUAAUAUGGUGACCCUGAAAGAGUGGCCUACAAAUAUGCCCUUGAGGUGUCUCUGUGACCUAGGUCAUUAUCCAGGUGGGCAUUGGGAAAAAUAUUUAAUGGUCAAUAUUCAAAAAUAUUUUUGUUUUUUUAAUAUAAUGUCAUAAAAGCAUUGUGGGCAUUUUAUCAAAAUAUGAUUUAUCUUUAACAGAUUGCAAUGAAUAAUAAAACUGAAAAAUAUCGUUGAAAUGACAAUUAAGAAUGACGCGUUAAAUAUAAUUGAAAAUACUUUAAAAAGUAUUUAAUCUGUGUUUUUGAUCGUUGUAUAAAAAACAAGCACGCUACUGUUUGAUGUAUUUUUGCUUAGUCAAAAAUCCUGGUUCUGAUCCAUAUUUACUCAAUGCAAAUGUCAUCAUUUUAAAAAAUUUUAUUCGUGAUAUUCAAGAAGAGAUACGAGCUUUGUUGUUAAAUAAAAUUUCCAUUUUUUGCAAAGAGAGGAAAUGGAUUCUUCAUAGACUCGAUUUAACAACUGACACUCUAAUUUAUAUGAACAUUGUAUUUUAUAAAUCUUGUAAGCUUAAUGUAAAAAUGUUAACGCAGUCCGAGUUUCUCUGUAGUACCAUUUAUUUCCAUCCAAAUGGAUUAAAAUAAAUGAUGUUUUAAUCAAAUUUAUUAAUGGUUUCAGCUCUAAAUCACACAUGGCUAGAAAAAAAAGAGAUUAAAUUGGAAAUAGCGAUUAAAAAAGGCACUUUUUUCUGGAACUGCAAUUGUAGUGUUUAUAAUUAAAUGAUAAAAAUUAUGAAAAACACUUUAGACGAAAGAUUAAAAAUGAAAUUACAAAGAAUAUAAAUAUUCCAUAUUUCACAAUACUUUAGACGGUACAGAUUGUGCGAUACCUUAGAUGGUAAGGACAUCUCUGAUUAAAUAAAAACCUAAUUCUGAUAAUAAAACCAAAAUAUACGGUAUUCAUAAAUCGAUAUUAGGUAAUUUUUCCUAUCAUAUAAUAGCAGUUUAACGUAAAUACUUCUUUUUUUAAUAUUAUGGUUCUUAUUACCAAACAUUUAAUAAAAUAAUACAAAACUAAA